UUCUAGUGUUCUACGCAAAAUCGUUCCUCUCUCUAGAAAGAGAAAGCUCCAUGUCCAUGUUUAGAGAGAGAGAGAGAGAGAGAGCGCGCGUAAAUUGUGGAGAGGGUUUCAAAGGAGGGGCUCUUUUUGUGGGAUGGAGACCGAGUCGAUUUAGAGAGAGUGAGAAUGAGAGAGAGAGUCUUUGUGUGAGAGCGGAUCCUCCUCUUUCUCCUAUGGAUCAGAUGGCCGAAAUCCCUGCACCUUCUUCUUCCUCCUCCUACCACACUCAAGCAUGUCCUCAAAGAGCACCACUAGCUCCACAAAACCCUAAAACACAGCACGAAAAAAACCCCAAAACAAGACCCAGUCUUCUCCAUUCCACCUGCUCAUGGAGCCAUCGGCAAGAUUUACAGACCAGACCUACGGUGAAAUUUGCAGAGUAUGUGAGAGUUUUGUGGGGUAUCAGAAAAAUGGGGGUCCCUUUGUGGCUUGCGAUAGCUGUGAAUUCCCCAUUUGUAGAGUGUGCUUUGAAUUUGUGAGGAAAGAUGGGAACCGAUCGUGCCCAAAAUGCAAAUCUUGUUACAGAAAGCAUUCAGAGAGCCCUUCCAUUGAUGGCGAAGAAAGCCAAGGUGACACAGAUGAUCUACUGCGUGAUUCUGGAUACAUUCAGGGUUCAAAAAAUGUGAAGAAUCAGAAUGCUUAUGAAAAGUUGCAUCACUGUGCUAAUAAUGAUGGACCAGAAGAUGCUGAGUCAUCUCAUAGUUGGAAGAAGAGUUCCAAACUGGUGGAUGUGGCCAAAAACCAAAGGAAACCCCCAAAGGCUGUUUUCCCAGACAAAUGUGCAGGUUCAUUUCCAGUGUUUGGUAUCUGUGUUGGGAAGCCAUCCUGUCUUUCCCCAUCUUCUAUUUCUAGUUCCUCAGUUAAAGGAAAUGGUUUAAACUACCAAAAGGUGCCAUGCCUUUCUAGAUCUGGGUCUCUUCUGUGGGAGGAGAGACUUCGGAAGUGGAAGGACGUACAAAAAACAUACUCAUGGAAAGUGAGGAACAGAAAUCCAGAUUUGGAUGGCUCCAACUUUGAUGACAUUGAGGAGUGCAAAGAACCAACUUUGAAUGACGAGCUACGCAAGCCUCUUUCAAGAAAGGUGCCGGUGUCUUCAUCAAAGAUCAAUCCUUAUAGAGUCAUUAUCAUUUUCCGACUUAUACUUUUGACAUUCUUUUUUCGGUUUCGGCUUGUCAAUCCUGUUAAGCAUGCGCAUGGGCUUUGGUUAACCUCGGUUAUUUGUGAGUUCUGGUUUGCCAUAUCUUGGAUUCUAGAUCAGAUCCCUAAGUGGUUUCCAGUCAACCGUGAAACGUAUAUUGAAAGGCUAAAUCUAAGGUACAAAGGGAAGAAAUGUAGAUUAGCUUGUGUGGAUGUUUUUGUUGGCACUGUUGAUCCUCUGAAAGAGCCGCCACUUGUAACUGCGAACACUCUAUUAUCAAUUCUUUCUGUAGACUACCCGGUCGACAAGAUUUCUUGCUAUGUUUCGGAUGAUGGAGCAUCCUUGUUGACACUUGAAACUCUUUCAGAAACCUCUCAGUUUGCAAGAAAAUGGGUGCCCUUCUGUAAAAAGUUCAGUAUAGAACCAAGAUCCCCUGAGUGUUAUUUCUCACGGACUGUUGAUUAUUUGAAGUCUCAAACAUAUCCAGCGUUUGCUAAAGAAAGAAGAGCUAUGAAGCGUGAAUACGAGGAAUUCAAGGUCCACAUCAAUUGUCUUGUUGCCAAAUAUCAGGCUGUCCCUCUUGAUGGUUGGAUUAUGAAAGAUGGGACUCCCUGGCCUGGAAAUAAUGCUCAAGACCAUCCUGGAAUGAUUCAGAUAUUAUCAGGCCAUAGUGGGCCAUUUGAUACAGAAGGCAAGAAACUGCCAGGAUUAGUUUACAUAGCCCGUGAGAAGAGGCCAGGUUUCAAGCACCACAGGAAGGCUGGUGCCAUGAAUGCUCUGCUACGUGUUUCUGCAGUCCUUAGCAAUGGGGCCUAUGUGCUGAAUCUCGAUUGUAACCACUACAUCAACAAUAGCAAAGCUGUCCUUGAGGCGAUGUGUUUCAUGCUGGACCCUGAAAAUGGGAAGAAAGUCUGUUACGUACAAUUUCCUCAAAGGUUUGAUGGUAUUGAUGCAAGUGAUCGGUAUGCCAACCACAAUACAGUUUUCUUCGAUAUUAACUUGAAAGGUCUUGAUGGGAUACAAGGCCCGAUUUAUGUGGGAACAGGCUGUAUAUUCAGCAGGACAGCUUUAUAUGGCUGUGAGCCUCCUUUGAAGCAAAAGGGGUUUAGAUCAAGUUGCUUUGGUCUAAAGAAAGAAAACCCAAACCCAGGCUUUGAUCAUAAACCCUCUACUCCAGUUUUCUCUAUGAACUUCGCGGCUAUACUUGAUCCAGAAACCAUCAGUCAUGAUCGAGAUUUUCAGGCAAUCUUUUCGAGAUUGGAGAAACGCUUUGGUCAGUCAGCUUUUCUCAUUGCAUCUACUCUUGUAAAGAAUGAUAUGUUCUCAAGGUCUGCAACUCCUGAAGAGCUUUUAAAAGAAGCGAUCCACGUUAUUAGUUGUGACUAUGAAGAUUACACAGACUGGGGAAAUGAGAUUGGUUGGAUCUAUGGCUCUGUAACAGAGGACAUUUUAACUGGUUUUAAGAUGCAUGUUCGUGGUUGGAGAUCAAUAUAUUGCAUGCCCCUUCGACCUGCAUUUAGAGGUACCGCACCGAUCAACCUCUCUGAUCGCCUGAUCCAGGUGCACCGUUGGUCUAUGGGCUCCAUUGAGAUUCUUGUCAGUAGCCGCUGCCCCAUUUGGUAUUCUUAUGGUGGGAGACUUAAGUGGUUAGAGAGAGUAGCGUAUAUAAACACCACCAUCUAUCCUCUAAAUUCAAUUCCUCUGGUUACAUAUUGUACUUUGCCUGCUGUUUGCCUACUCACCGGAAAGUUUAUCAUCCCAGAGGUUGAUAGUCCGACAAGCAUCUGGUUUAUGCUGCUUUUCCUCUCAAUUCUCCUAACUGGGAUCCUUGAAAUGCGUUGGAGUGGUGUUGGGAUCCAAGAGUGGUGGAGAAACGAGCAAUUUUGGGUUAUCGGGGGUGUUUCUUCCCAUCUAUUUGCUGUUUCUCAGGGGUUGAUUAGAGUUUUUGUUGGGGUUAACCCAAGUUUCACUGUUACAUCAAAGAAGUAUGCUUCUGGGGAGGAGCAUCUAACAGAGCUCUAUAAGUUCAAGUGGACAUCUCUUUUGAUCCCACCAACCACUUUGAUCAUCCUUAAUGUAGGGGCUAUUGUGGCAGGAUUUUCGUUUGCCAUUUACAGUGAUCAUGCGUCUUGGGCUCUUCUUUUUUCUAAGUUAUUCUUUGCUUUUUGGGUAAUUGUCCAUCUCUAUCCCUUCUUGAAGGGCUUGCUAGCUCGGAGGCGCCACAUUCCCACGAUUAUUGUCAUGUGGUCUCUCCUCCUUGCAACAUUGUUCUCUCUUGUGUGGGUGAGGCUUGAUCCUUUCACGACUAGGUUUCGUGGGCCUGACCUCAGUCAGUGUGGCAUUAACUGCUGAUCUCUCUCUCUCACUCUCUCUCACAUUGCUGAUGUAGGAAGAUUUGAUAUAAUCAAAGAGUUUGGAGGGACCAUUUUCAUGCCAUUAAGAA